CCUGCGGAGUUCCUUUUUGAAUGUUAGGCAUUGAACUGGGCCUGCUCAUCAUACUAACUGCAAUGGUGACACGGGAGAGGGGAGUGAAGGAGUAGUUCAAGAGAGGCGAAAACAAUUAUAGCAUCUAUACAGGAAAAAACUCUACAUUGUUGUCGGACAUCUUAUUUGAGAAUCAGCAGAACCACAGUUAAAAGGGAGACGGGAGUAAUUAACCGAUUGGCGAGCAAGAUAUAUACUAUAUGCAAACACACGGCAGUGGACAGAAAAACAGGCACAGCGGGCACUUGCUUGUUGUCUUUUUGGGACUGUUCGAUCACUGCAGGGUUCAGUAUACCAGUUUGGAGAACAAAAUAACGACCAACGCCUACUGAGUGUGUAGCAGAGCUCAGUGGAUUCCCUAGGAUCCCAAAGUUGUGCAACGGCCAGGCUGAUCAUAAGGUGCGGAUUUAGCCUGGUAUAAUCCAGUGCCCCAAGCAUCGGAGUGGCCUGGGCUGGCGGGACCCGGUUGGGCACUCCCUCCUCCUGACCCCGGGGACGAGAUGGUGCACUCAGGGAACGAGAACGGCCACAGGGAAGCACACUGGACAUUUCACAUAGAAAUGGGGAAUGGCCUAAGAAUGUGGGAUAGGGAAGACUGCAGUGACUACGGGGGAAGAGGCAGGGGAGCAUGUUACAUUCGUAUAGCACUGAGGCUGACUGGACUGGCAUCUACACCUAGCCAGUGUGAAAUGUAUAUAUGCAGCUGAACAGGAGAUCAAAGCUACUGCUGAGAACUUCUUCAUUUGUCUGUUGUUCAAAACUGUCAUUAAAAAAAUCCUUUCUUAUAAUGAUCAGCAUUUGCUAAAAUACAAUUGUUUUUACUUGAUCCAACCAUUUAAAAUGUGUAUGCUUAUGAAUGAUAUCUAAACAACUCAUUGAAGUUGAAUGGUUCGCAGUGCACAGCCUAUUUCUGCUCAGUUCCCUGUCAGAGAAGCUCAGAAAAGCAGUAGUGUGCUACCUCAGCGGUUUGAGCAGUGGAAGUUAUAUUGGUGUUAAUUUGACUGAUGUCAAAACAGCAUGUUCCUAUGUCGACGCGUUCAGAUGCCAUUGGGGUCAGCUGAUCUUUUGCUGGACUUGAACCUGUUGCAGCCCUGUUGGUACCAAGCCUUUUGCAAAGCUGAAGGCAAAUCUCAGGGAGAGCGCAGCCUCAGACGCCCCGAAAAGAUCCUGCUAACAACCCCUGAACCUCUCCGCCCCCUUUUUGUCCCACCAGGGCAGAUUGCUGGUUAUAACUGCCUUUUGUGAUGGUCCUGCCCCUGCCUCUUCAUGUUCUUUCAAUGAGUCUGCUUGUAGCUGCUGAACAGCUGAAAAUGCCAUUCUCAUAUUGCCUCCUCUGUGUUGUCAGGUAUUGUCAGCUGUGUCUGCCACCUGACCCUCCCCUCUCCUCGCCCCUUGCUUCACAGCUGCUCCGCCUCCCUCCUCCCAUAGCCCCUCCCCUCCCCCUCCCCUUCCCCGACCCCUACGACUUCCCGCCCCAGCAUGAACGAGGUCAGCGUCGUCAGAGAGGGAUGGCUCCACAAGAGGGGUGAAUACAUUAAGACCUGGAGGCCUCGUUACUUCAUCCUGAAGAGCGAUGGCUCCUUCAUCGGCUACAAAGAGAAGCCGGAGACAUCCGACCUCAGCCUGCCUCCUCUUAACAAUUUCUCCGUGGCAGAGUGCCAGCUAAUGAAGACAGAGCGACCGAGGCCCAACACCUUUGUCAUCCGCUGCCUGCAGUGGACCACCGUCAUCGAGCGCACCUUCCACGUGGAGAGCAAUGAGGAGAGGGAGGAGUGGAUGCGGGCGAUCCAGGCGGUGACGAAUGGCCUGAAGACACGGGAGGAGGAGGAGCCCAUGGACAUUAAGUUCGGCUCGCCCAGCGACUGCAGCGGCAUGGAGGAGAUGGAGGUGGCCAUGUCCAAGUCUCGCUCCAAAGUGACGAUGAGCGACUUUGACUACCUGAAGCUCCUGGGGAAGGGCACCUUUGGAAAGGUGAUCCUGGUGAAGGAGAAGGCCACGGGGAUGUACUACGCCAUGAAGAUCCUGCGCAAGGAGGUCAUCAUUGCAAAGGACGAGGUGGCCCAUACAGUGACAGAAAGCAGGGUCCUGCAGAACACCAGGCACCCCUUCCUCACGACACUAAAACAUGCUUUUCAAACGCAUGAUCGGCUGUGCUUUGUGAUGGAAUACGCCAAUGGAGGAGAGCUGUUUUUCCACCUUUCCCGGGAGCGUGUGUUCACGGAGGACCGGGCCCGUUUCUAUGGCGCCGAGAUCGUGUCGGCAUUGGAGUACCUGCACUCGCGGGACGUGGUGUACAGGGAUCUGAAGCUGGAGAACCUCAUGCUGGAUAAAGACGGCCAUAUUAAGAUCACAGAUUUCGGCCUGUGUAAAGAGGGCAUCACUGAUGGUGCCACCAUGAAGACCUUCUGUGGCACACCUGAGUACCUGGCACCUGAGGUGCUGGAGGAUAACGACUAUGGGCGGGCGGUGGACUGGUGGGGGCUGGGCGUGGUCAUGUACGAGAUGAUGUGCGGCCGGCUGCCCUUCUACAACCAGGACCACGAGCGGCUGUUCGAGCUCAUCCUGAUGGAGGAGAUCCGCUUCCCCCGAAACCUGUCCCCGGAGGCCAAGGCCCUGCUGGCCGGCCUGCUCAAGAAGGACCCCAAGCAGAGGCUCGGAGGGGGUCCUGACGAUGCCAAAGACGUGAUGACACACAAGUUCUUCACCGCCAUCAACUGGCAGGAUGUUCUGCAGAGAAAGCUGAUCCCGCCCUUCAAGCCCCAGGUGACCUCAGAGACGGACACGCGCUACUUUGAUGACGAGUUCACAGCACAGACCAUCACCGUCACGCCGCCAGACAAGUAUGACAGCCUGGACUGUGAGGACCCGGAUCAGAGGACACACUUCCCCCAGUUCUCCUACUCCGCCAGCAUACGGGAGUGACGCUGUCUCUCACAAAGCACUCUUGUACACUCGCACUCACACCAAGACACAAAAGCAGGGCAAACAGGGCAGACACAGACGGAAGCAGAACCCGCAGGCCGACAGACAGCCAACCUCAUCCGGGAGCGAAGUGCCUUGACUGGCAGCUGUCACUCUGCUCUGCCCCGCCCACAGUCCCGCCCACAGACCCAGCUUUCACACUACACCCACAGCACACAUAGGAGCCAUAGCACUUGAACACACACGCCUACACUCGUCCUCCCAGAGACUGCAGGAGGAAAAACCCUUCUUUAAAGCAAAAAAAAAAAACUUUAAUUCUUGUUUUUAACAAAAAAAAAGAAAGAAAUGAAAAAAAGUAUUUUUAAAUUGUUUUUCCCUCUGAUUGUUAUGGUUUUAAAAGCCAUAUUUCUGCAAUUUUUAUAAGUGCUCUUUCUGGAAAUAGCUGUUACCAAUAGUAUUGAUCUGUUGUGAAUGACAGGUUGAGAGAAAAGGGAGGGGCUAGAAGAACGAGAGGGGGAACAUGGUGGCCAUUUCUCUUCCCACUGUGUGUGCGUGCGUGUGUGUGUGAAAGAGCGCAAGUGUGUGCUUGUGUGUGUGUUUCAUAUACUCUAUGUGUGUAAGAACAAGAGUAUGUAUGCGUGCGUCUGUUUUUGAUUUUGUCCAUCGGUUAAUCUUGAGGGGGACACGGCCACACAGAUGUGUGUAGU